AUGUUUGAUUUUCCAAGGUUUGUGGUUAUCAAAUCUAAACACAAUGGAAAAUACUUGACAAAGUUAACUAAGGAAGAGAGCGUGGCAAAGGGGUUCUCAGAAAUGUUUGUGAAUUUUCGAGGAGAGGACGUUACGAGUCCUUUGGUGAAGUUCGAAUUGGAGAAAGCCAAGACAAAGCCAGGAUGGGUUCACAUACGUUAUUGCUACAACAACAAAUACUUGACCAUGCAAUCCAAUUAUUCCUGGUAUUUUUUGGCCUCGGCUGACCAACCCAGUGAAGAUGAUGAAACGGAUUGGAAAAAUACUUUGUUCAAGCCUAUCAAAACUAAUACUCGUGAUGAGGAUGACAAACAAGAAUAUGUCCGAUUUCAACAUGUCACGGGCCGUUAUGCUUGUCUUGCUAGGUGGGAAAAGUCUUACGAGGAUGGUCUCUAUGCGGGCGAUACCCAAGUGGAUGAUUUUGAUACUUUUAAAAUCUUGGAUUGGGAAUCUCUUGUCAUAUUUCCCAAAACUAGUGUCGCCUUUAGGCCACAUAACGGUGCAAGCUGGUAUCUCAGCAACAAAUAUGACUAUUAUAUAAGGGUGCUAAAGGAUGCCAAUAUCGUUGACAAAUGGGUAGCACAUGAGAUCUCCACCGUUGGUGAUGGUUAUGUUCGCAUAAAGAACCUUUCCACCAAUCAGUUCUGGAACAGCAACGCUGUUCGAGCUGACAAUAACAUCGAACCCACCAACAGGUUAUCGAUAUACCUUCCCAUCAAAGUUGCCGACAAUGUUGUGGUGCUGCGUAAUUUGCAUUAUAACAAGUUCCUGUCCAUGUACACUAAUACUUUAGUAGACAAAGACCCAAUUUAUUCAGCUACAGAGUCUGACAUUACCGAUAAAACCAAGUUCCUGAUAGUGGAGCGCGUCACUUCUAGGAAAAUCUACAACAUCAAUUUCCGCCACGAGGAGGGCCGAGUUUAUAACCUCAGUGUCAUCGAGAAGAGCCAAGCAGUUGCAGACAACCCAGAUGAUGUUCAUAAAACUAUGAAAUUGCCUCUCCAGUACAACAAAACAAGAUCAAUUGCGCUUCGCAAUAGUAUUUCGCUCGUGUCAGAUGUUAAACCAACCGUUGAAAUCAAUACAAUUCCGUUGAUAGUUAAUAAGGACAAGAUCGAAUUGUCGCGUGAUCAGGUUAAUGCUGUAGGGCAAUGGGGAACAACCAAAACUUUCGAAACAUCAACUAAGACUAACUACGUUGUUGGAGUGCCUCCUAAGACUAGGGCAAUAGUUACUCUUGUAGUGACGGAGGGUACGUGCGAUGUUCCAUUCUCUUAUGCUGAAAAGAACAGUUUCUACGACGGAACCUCCAAAAUCACGGAGAUGGAAGAUGGUAUGUACACCGGUGUCAAUGUUUUCAACAUGGAGAUUAAGACCACCUAUGAGACACUGCCCUAA